AUAAAUUCUGAAAAACAGUCAAGAGUGAUUCACUGAGGUUACCAUACAUAUAAAUAUACAGCAAGGCUAUGAGCAAAGGAGUGCUUUCGUUGGUUGUGUAGUGUUUGAAACCUUUUUAUUUGGAUACAACUGAACAAGAGGCUUAUCUGUGUAUUGUUGAGUACAAGCGGAUUGUGGCGGUAACUGCCUAGGUGACUCUCGACUAUGGUUUAAAAAUUAAGGAAAUCUGUAUUACGUCAGGUUUUGACGUAGGUUGGAGAUGACACCCAUGGGAGGAUAUAGCGACAGACCUGUUGGCGCUUUAACGACGCUUCUCGUCGCGACAGCUGUCCUACUGGCAGGCGUGUCACCGCAGUUCAACGAUCUCGGAGGUUAUGGGCAAUUUAGCUUCAGUUUUGACAACACAAAUAUCAAAACGCUUCGUGAACCGACGUACCUGAUUUUAGCGUCCCGUUUCGUACGCCCCGGUCAGAUCUACCGUAUAUAUGUCCAGCUGUUUGGAACUGAAGAUUCUUACCCUAUUAAUGUUAUUGCCGCUAUCCAGCGAGACGGAGUUGAAGUGGCUCAUGCCUCCGAACAGGUGAAUCCAGGCAUGUCUACAGAUGUGCUCAUGCAAGUUCCAACCACGAGCGUACAAGGUCGCUACAAGUUACGCGUGGAAGGUAACGUUAAUGGAGUGCUCGGCGGCACAGCGUUUGUGAACGAAACGAUACUAGAGUUCUCACAGAGGUCCAUGACGAUCUUCAUUCAAACGGAAAAACCCCUUUACAUGCAGGGGCAAACAGUGAGAUUUCGCGCUUUGCCACUCACAACUCAGCUAAAGGCAUUCUCGGACGCGGUGGAUGUCUAUAUGCUCAAUCCAAACAGAACGGUUAUGAGACGCUGGCUUUCCCGUCGCACAAAUCUUGGAGCUGUUUCGCUUGAGUACCCAUUGUCCGAGCAGCCGCAUUAUGGCUGGUGGACUAUUCAAGUUAUAGCGCAAGGUCAAGUUGAGGAGCACAGCUACCGGGUCGAAGAGUAUUACCAGACUCGGUUCGAAGUUAAUGUCACCAUGCCUACUUACUUCGUCAUGUCACAAGAAUUUGUUGAAGGAUCUGUAAUGGCUAAUUUCACGUCUGGCGCUGCUGUUACGGGUAAUUUGACGCUGAAGGCAAGCGUGGAGCCCAUCCGGCCAGCAUACGACAUACACUACCACUUCGUACGUUCCAUAGAGCAGAGUUUCCGUUGGUUCGAAGGGUUCAUGAACUUCAAGUUCGCCGUGCGCGACCUUUUGGUGCUUAGUCCCAAACUCGACGGCAUGAAAAUCGUGGUCAAGGCGGAAGUUGGGGAGCGGUUUUUAGAUCUCAUCGAAAUGGGAGAGUCUGCUACGAUUGUGUUCAAUUCCACACUUAAGUUAUCCUUCCUUGGUAACUCACCACAAGUCUACAAACCUGGGAUGCCAUUUAAAGCUUACGUCGCUCUAUCAUAUCACGACAAUUCCCCGCUCGAAAGGGGAGCUCUUGUUGGCAAGCGAAUCGAUGAGUUUCUCCGCAUCAGCGUGCAUGGGUCGCGGAACCCUGGAAACACGGUUCCCGUGCGGGUACCUGGCCAAAACAACAUGUGGGAAAUCGGCUUCGACACUGGAAGCUCCCUUGGAGGGCAGGAGCUCAGUCCUCCGCUGAUCCGAAUCGAGGCGGCCUUUUUUGACGACUAUCUGGGUCGAGCGAAUGGUGAACUUUUGCUGUACCCUGAGUUUUCGCCAAGUGGGUAUCACAUACAGGUGACAACGUCCACAAAGACCCCAAAAGUUGGCGAAUAUAUUAUCUUCCAUGUUCGCGCCAACUAUUUCAUCGACCAAUUUUCGUAUAUCGUCGUAUCGAAAGGGAUGGUAUUUUUGACAGGACAAGAAGUCAUGCAAAGUUCAUCGAUUCGAACGAUGGCAGUUUCACUCAGCGCCGAAAUGGCACCCUCUGCGACCAUUGUCGUAUUCGAUGUGCUUAAACGCGAAGGCCGAAUUAUAGCUGAUUCACUAACGUUCUCGGUAGACGCCAUUUCAAAGGACAAGUUCACCGUACAACUAAAUAAUAGAAAAGACAAAACUGGCGACAACGUCGAAAUCGCUGUCUACGGAUCACCUGGAGCCUACGUCGCCCUGUCAGGUCUUGAAAGAACUCUAUACGAAAUGCAUGCAGGCACACAACUCAGUUAUUCAGAAGUGAUCGAAAAAAUGAAUUCUUUUAUACCUACAAAUGGCACUCUGAAGCACGAGACCAUGUCACAUAUGGGCGACGUUAGCACGUACGUCAACUUUCCAUCAUCGUCCUAUGGACUUGACGCCAAUCGAACGUUCGCCUACGCUGGUCUGGUCGUGUUUACCGACGCAAGCGUAACCCGUGUCCGUGACGAGUGUAACAUUACUGCGGGUUUUCUUGGUUGCUAUGAUGGCUCAUGCUAUCCGGCGUCUCGUCGCUGUGAUGGCUUUCGAGACUGCUCGGAUGGAUCCGACGAAACAGCUUGCCCCGACGACCGUGUCGACGUUCGUAACUUCCGGAUGUUCCGCACAAAUCGCUACCUUCUACAGUACACAAACUCUUGGUUGUGGAAAGACAUCAACAUCGGGUCGCUUGGCCGCUAUAUCUUUACUUUGCCCGUUCCGGACGUACCUACCCAGUGGAUGAUUUCAGCAUUCGGUAUGACGGAAGCCACUGGCUUCGGCAUUCUCACAAAGCCCCUCUCGUUUUCAAGCGCAAAACCGUUCUACAUGACCGUAGAAAUGCCAACUCAUAUUCGGCUAGGGGAACAAAUCGGAAUUCGUAUUACCGUGUUUAACUAUCGACUUUACGAGACAGAGGUACUUGUCACGCUGGCGAACUCGCCUGAUUAUAAAUUUGUUCACGUUGACCCGUUUGGCCUUGUCAGUUCCUACAGGCCAAAAACAAGCUUCGGAGAACAUCAACAUCUCGUGUUUGUUAAAGCAGGGAAAUCGUUCGAAAUAUACAUGCCCAUCGUGCCCGUCCGUAUGGGACAGGUCAACGUCACAAUUCAGGCUAAAACGCAAAUCGCUAAAGAUCAGGUGACCAAGUCAGUGUUUGUCGAGUCGGAUGGUAUCGUUCAAGAGAGGCACAUUUCGAUGUUGCUAGAUCUCUCGCAAGGCGCGUACCUCAUCAAAUACCUCGAUACCAACAUUACAGAGACACCAAUUCUGCCAUUUAGAGAAGACCGGCUAUACAUCUUUGGUAGUAAUCGGGCAACAGUGUCAAUUGUUGGAGACGUGGUGGGCCCAGCUUUCCCUACGAUGCCAGUGAAUGCAAGCUCCUUAAUUGAAAAGCCGUCCUUCUGUGGCGAACAGAAUAUGUUUAAUUUCGCUGCUAAUAUGUGGACGCUUUUGUACCUCCGACUUACCGGGCAGUACAGACAAACGGAACAAAAAAAUGCAUUCAUCUAUCUUAACCUGCUUUAUCAACGACAGCUGCAAUUCCAAAACGACGAUGGGAGUUUCACAGUAUUUCGAUGGUACCGACGUCCUAGCGUAUGGCUGACUGCUUUUGCCCUGCGCACCUUCCAACGUGCAACCUUCCAGGAAUGGGAACAUUACAUCUACAUCGAUCCGACGGUCAUCCGGCGAGGCAUGGAAUGGUUGCUGUCCACUCAGUCAGACGAAGGGAGCUUCCAGGAAUACUCCACUUACCCGUACGACCGAAAGAUGAAUCCCUAUUCUGAAGGACAUUUCGAACGACUGCGUUAUACGAAUGUGUCGCUUACAGCACACGUAUUGAUCACCCUGUGCGAGGUGAAAGACCUCGGAGGCGAGGUUGGAGCCCGCAUGACUACGGCUCGAAAUGCUGCCCGCCGUUACCUCGAACAGAAAUUGAACAUUAUUCGGAACUGGGAAGACCCGUAUGAGUUGGCUAUUGUUGCCUACGCGCUCACGAUUGCUAACAGUGACGACGCGGAGGAUGCUUUCAAAUAUCUUGAUGAACGCAAGAUGGAAGCAGCUGGAAUGAUCUAUUGGGGUCGCGUAAAGGUAGAUCCUCCACGUGACAAGUACGAAAACCAAAGGCCAUAUCGACAGCCUCGCUUACCAGCGCUUUACGAGGCCUCCAAUGUUGAAACAACGGCCUAUGGCCUACUGACAUUCGUAAAGCGAAACGCCGUCAUUCAAAAGCAGAUGGUCGAAUGGCUAAAUUGUCAGCGAUUGCACGAUAGUGGAUGGUCUAGUACGCAAGAUACCGUUCUAGCGAUGCAGGCCUUAACUGAGUAUACGAUACAGAACCGGCUGUCGGACGUUGUGGAUCUUACCGUCACCGUCGAUGCACCUUCAACGCCAGGGUUUACGCGCGAACUUCGAAUCAACAGGGAUAACUUGAGUAAGCGGCAGGCGCUCACCAUCCCGAAUGCCUUCGGUGGAGUACUAGUGAAGGUGCAAGGUUCUGGUCUAGCCAUUCUGCAAAUGCAUGUACAGUACAAUAUCGAUACCUGGAGACACCUCGUAACCCAGCCACCAGCGAAAGCAUUUGACCUCGACGUCCGUCAAUACUCGUUCGGAAGGAAUAACUCCCACAUCACCUUUACUUCGUGUCAACGAUGGACGCGUUUAGAAGAAUCAAUGGCAAGUGGCAUGGCCGUCCUUGAAGUGAACCUCCCAUCCGGAUACUAUGUGCAACAACAGAAGCUUGACAGCUACGUACGCUAUGCGCGCGUGCGAAAUCUGCGUGAAGCACGCUAUCAGGAGACAAAGGUCGAGGUCUACUUUGAUUAUCUCGACGAAGAGCCAAUCUGCGUCGAUCUCACCAUUAACCGUUGGUAUCCUGUUGCCAACAUGUCAAGGUUUAUUUCCAUCAAAGUCUAUGAUUACUACGCUCCAGAACGUUUCAACGAAUCCAUGUUCGAGGUAUAUCAACUGUAUGCAAUGUCCAUUUGUCACGUAUGCGGCUCGUAUCAGUGCCCAUAUUGUCCUGUGUUCAGCCACUCUGGACCAAUGCUACGGGCAACGUAUUUUAUACUUGGUCCUAUGUUAGCCAUCUUCAUUCUACUUCGUGCAGCCGCCACGGAACGAUAGCAGCAUUGAGUCUAACGAGACAAGGUCUGGCAGGCGAACACUUCACGAAUGAAUGGAAUGGUAAUAAUAAUAUUAGGCACAGGAAGACAUUCCCUAUCGAGAACAAGAAACUCUAAGCACUUGUCAAAUGUGUACAUAGCGUACUACCGCUAUUGUUUUUGCUGACGCAUUGCCAUAACGUAACAGCAUAAAAUAAAUAACGCAGGACUUCAAUCUUUCUGUUUGUACAAUCAUUUCGAGUCACAUGACCGAAUGCUAGAGGCAGAUGUUAGCUAAUUCCCUAGAUGAUUUAUUAUUAUUUGUAUUCUACCAAUAUCAUCUGGCUCGAAAUGCGUUUAGCACGAUGCUUAUAUACAAGAAAACAUGAAUAGGAAAAAAUUCCAAAAGUAAAUACCGCUAUUAAGUGUUUGUACGUUCACGCGAGGCUAAUAUCUAUUUAUUAAAUGAUAAUGAGAAUAAUAAUAGUAAUAAUAACGGUUCUUAUUAUCAACCAGCACAAUCAAGAGGGUUAUUAUGAAGCGCAGGGCGAUGGUGAAACACUGGUGUCUAUGUAAAAAAAAAACGAAAAAAGCAUUUAUGUCUGAUUUGCUGAGGGUUAUGUACUAAAAGAGUAGUGCACACUUAUUGUUAGUGAUGCUCCUUAACGUAGAUACGAGGAUGCCUGUAUAUAAUACAGACAUUAAAUAGUGUCAAAAGCCAGGAUUUACAUACGGAGGACAGGCGCAACAAUACUGAGACUGAUACAAUGUAAUUUAACGGUGUGUAUUAAUAUACGGACCAACUGACUGAAGACUAACGAGAAAUGAUCAAAUCAAGAAAACCGGGUCCACUAACUUCCUUUAACGUAGCUAUUUUUCUCAAGAUGAAAGCACUAAAGACAAAAUGAUAUAGUAUGUAUGAUAUGUGUUAGUCUGGUCAAAGAAUUGGGUUGCGAGCCGAUAAACCAGUCAGUCAAUCUACCGAUGUAUAUGAUGGAUGCAAGGUAUUUAGAUAUGGUUUGUAUUGAUGGCCUAUGUGAGGCAGUUCGUUCUAGUUUAUUAUGAAAUUACUCUUUAGUAAAAAAAAAAAAGUAUGUCCUUAUUUUUCUUGCAUACAAUGAAUCGAUAUGACCGCCAUGUAACAAACGUUUUUUCGUUAUUCUUUUUUAUAUAAACAUUUUUACAACAAUCUUAUUUACAGUCUAAUUAUAGAAUCUCAUCUUGUACAUACAAAAAUCUUUAAUUUUACACAAUAUUGACUACUAAUAAAAGAUAAAAAUGAAAUGAAAACAACGAUAAUUAUAAUCAGUUUUUCUUGAUUGAAAAUCUUACUUCAUUGCUCGUAUUUUUCCGUCCCUGCACAUUUCUA